GGGUGAUCGACAAGUUCGGGAGGUAGAAGAAGCUUCGACAUCGCUACAUCGCUGCAAUCCCGCACCUCGAGUUCCCCGCGAUCUUUUGGAACACCAGCGCUCCCCCUUCAGCAACAUCAAACAAAAUGGCCGACAACAAGUUCGAUCCUGAAUACUUCCAGGCCGUCCAGCCUCUGUUGGCGGCCAAAGCAUCCCUCCCGCCUCCCGCUCCCCUCACCGACGUCGACUCCCUCCGCACCAACUAUAACGACUUCGCGCUCGUCCUCGCCAACAUUCCCGACUCCCCCGACAUCACCGAGACCACCUACCAAAUCCCUUCGAAGGACGGCACUCUGAUCACCCUCUACCGUUUCACCCCGGCGGCGGCGGCGGCAACCCCUGGCCCUCGUGCUGCAGUGCUCCACCACCACGGCGGCGGCUUCGUCAAUAACAAUGUCGACCAGUUCCGCAAAGACAUCAAGCGCUAUGCGCACGCCAGCGGCCUCACCUUCUACGCCGCCGAUUACCGUCUCGCCCCUGAGCACCCUUUCCCCACCCCCUUUGAUGACUGCUACGCUGCCCUGGAAUGGCUCCAUGCCAAUGCCGCUUCGGAGCAGAUUGAUCCGACGCGCAUUGCCCUUUUCGGCGUGAGCGCCGGCGCCGGGCUGGCUACGGGCGUUGCCCUCAAGGCGCGUGACGACAAGAUCACACCACCCGUCAAGAAACUGGUGCUGGCGUACCCCAUGUUGGAUGAUAGGACGUAUUGGCCCGAGGACCAUCCGUUGAGCCCGUACCUGAUGUGGAACGGCGCCGCUAACAGGAUCGCGUGGGGGGCCUAUGCGGGUGCGGAUGGCGUGAAGGAGAUCUCGCCAUAUGCUGCGCCGGCAAGGGCGAAGGACUUGUCAGGACUGCCACCAACCUUUAUCGACUGCGGCGAGCUGGACUUGUUCAGGGACGAAGACGUGGAGUUUAGUGCAAGACUGCUCAAGGCUGGUGUCAGUGUAGAGCUGCACGUGUACCCUGGAGUUCCGCACGGAUUUGAGAUGGUGGCAGUGAAUGUCAGGGUGUCGAAAAUUGCGGUUGAGAACAGAGUCCGGGCGUUGGAAAACCUAUGAGUUGAUGUACUUAUUGUUGAAUAGAUACCUACUGAACUCAACUUGCGUCUACGGCCAAGAUUGAUUCGGCAAACGUUUUGAUAGCAUCCUUCAGUG